AUGUUCCGGAUGGAGGGCCUCCCGCCGAAGCUGGACCCGGAGGAGAUGAAGCAGAACAUGCGUGAGGACGUGAUCUCUUCCAUAUGGAACUUCCUCAUCUACGUGGCCCUGUUGCAAGUCACUCCAUUUAUCUUAAAGAAAUUGGACAGCAUAUGAAGAUUGGACAUCACGUACAUAUGCAUGAUACAAAGAACCUGGUUACAGUUUCUCUCCUCCUUCCUGCAAAUGAAUGGGCCCCGAAUGGCAUAAGAGACUCUUUCAUUG